GCCCCGCGCCCGCCCGACCCUCCGCCCGCCCCGCGAGCUGGGCACCUGUGCCAGGAGCCCUGUUGAAUCCACCGAGAAGGGACGUUCAGAGCAAACACCAUGAGUAUCUCAGCUCUUGGAGGAGGCAGCAAAGGGAAGCCUCUCCCACCAGGCGAGGAGGAACGCAAUAAUGUCCUCAAGCAGAUGAAGGUUCGGACCACGCUGAAGGGGGACAAGAGCUGGAUCACCAAGCAGGAUGAAUCGGAGAGCCACACCCUCGAGCUGCCCUCGGGCCGGAGUCGUGCCAUAUCUUUUUCUUCAGCUGGGGAGGUCCCGAAGGCCAGGCCGCCGAGCGCGAGGGCUCCCACCGGCUAUAUCAUCCGGGGAGUGUUCACCAAGCCUGUAGACAGCUCGUCUCAGCCCCAGCAGCACUUACCCAAGGCCAACGGAGCUCCAAAACGCGCUGCCGGGCCUCCCCGCCCCUCCUCCUCUGGCUACAGGAUGACCACAGAGGAUUACAAGAAGCUGGCACCCUACAACGUCAGGCGCAGCUCAGCGUCAGGGGCUGCUGAAGACGAGGAGGUGCCCUUCUCUUCUGAUGAGCAGAAACGGAGGUCAGAGGCUGCCAGCAGUGUGGUGAGGAAGACAGCUCCCCGGGAGCAUUCCUACGUCCUGUCGGCGGCCAAGAAGAGUGCCAGCCUCGCCCAGGAGACACAGGCCCCGUUCAUCGCAAAGAGGAUUGAGGUGGUGGAUGAGGACGGGCCUUCCAAGAAAAGCCAGGACCCACCUGCUCUGGCGCGAUCCCCUCCCGGCUCGAGCAGGUCUUCCCCAGGCUCCAAGGACAACGAAGCCUCCAACCCCAGAGAGCCCAAGAGAGACUUGACUGGUGAAAGGGCCUUCAAGGGCCUUGGUGCAGACUCUGAAAGAUCAAGCGAUGGCAAUGUGGGAUCCGGAGCCACGGGCUCCACACCUGAAGGCUUGGCUGGAGCAGACAUCAGCUCUGGGAGAGGAGGCUCUGGUGCCACUUCUCCCUCUGCUGUCCUGGCUGGCAGGAAGAGCAACAGCCCGGCACACCUGGAGGACAUGGAGACGGACCCAAAGGGUACCUCGGCUGAUUUUGAGGAGGAGAAUGUGGUCACCCAGGUGGGAGACGCCUGGCAGGGGAGGCCUGGAGCCCAGCAAGAUGACCGGGGAGACCCAGCUGCACCCACCCAUAAGCCGGCAGAUCCCAGCAGCCCCGAGCAGCAGAGCAGCCCCAGGAAUCCUGACCAGCACCUGGAAGUGGACAACCAGGCCAGCAGGGCGAGGAACCCCUCAAGCUGUAUGGUCACUGUUACUGUCACUGCCACCUCUGAGCAGCCUCAGGUUUACGUGCCAGGCUCCCCAAGUGAAUUGGAGUCUAACUCAACCAGCAAAGGGAUUCUCUUUAUGAAGGAGUACGUGAAUGCUGGUGAGGUAUCUUCCGGGAAGCCACUGUCUUCAUUCUACAGCAGCGUCAGCAGCAUUGAGGACUCACACAACAUGGAGAAGACACUCCCACAUGACAGUACUCCAUACUCUGAGAGAACAAGUGGAGGGGUCUGUACUUACUGCAACCAGGAGAUCGGAGACUGUCCAAAGAUUACCUUGGAACAUCUCGGCCUUUGCUGCCAUGACUAUUGCUUUAAGUGUGGGAUCUGCAGUAAACCGAUGGGUGAGCUUCUGGAUCAGAUCUUCAUUCACCGCGACACCAUCCACUGUGGGAAAUGCUAUGAGAAGCUCUUCUAGCUCCUCCAGGCUAAGAAGAAGCUGAUAACUCCUGGACAAGUUUGACUGUCCCCACGAGCCCCAAGUUGCUGACUCCUCUUCCCUCACUUCCUCUCUCCUCCAUGUGACUGCUUCACGUUUUUGCUCUUCUUAAGUUGAACUUGCUUACGUCCAGUAGCAUAUCUUAAUGAUGUUAUGAUAAUUACUUGUGUGUGUAGCUUUUUAGAGCUUAGAAAGCACUUCCCAUCCAUUAUGUUACUUCCGGCUCAAGCAAAGAGGAUUGAACAGUAAUUCCAUUUUGGCUUCCCUCAGACUGAUCGGCUUCCUGAUGCGUUUAGGUGGCCUGGUGCGAUAGUCACGGACAAGAGCGUGGGGUGCGGUGCAUCCUGACUCUUGGGACAGAGAGCAAAUCACAUUCUGGUUCACAGCUCUGAGUGUACCUUUGGAACUUGACAGAAGAAGCAGACCUCCUGAAGCUUCUGAGGGGUUAAAGACUGUUGACGAUCCCUGGUGGGUAAAUUGCAGACGCUGAAUGCUAGGGAUUGACAUAGGCUAAAGUUCAGCUUGUCUAUUUGCCAUAUAUAUUUUUUAAACUUUCCGUAUACUUUUACAACUAGUUAGUUGCUUUUGAUUGAGUUAUAUAGCAGAUUUUAAUGACCUCCUACCUACCUACCUUUCAGUGUAGUUGCGUUUUGUGCUGCAGGCAUGUGGACGUGUAUUAGAAAGUUUACACGUUAGGUUUAAAUUCUAUAGGAUGUGAUUCUUAAGAGGCUACUGACCAAAGGGGCAUCUGUGUCUGAACCUUGCUGAUUAAUACCUUUGCCCUCAGUGUCCGAUCCCUAAACUUUACACAGAAAUCCCCUAAAGCAAGUUGUAGGGUCUAUAGACUCCAGCAGGAUUAUGAAGGGAGAAAAUCAGCUAACAUCUCUUGAGGCCUUACUGCGUACCAGGCAUUAUCACAAGGUGGUGGCAUUAAUCCCCAUGCUAAUCGUGUACAGAGGGUGUUCUUCUCCGCAGUUCGCAAGUGAGGACGUUGAGGCUCGGGGAGGCGGUCAUUGCGUUGUGCACAGCGCACCCAUGUAACGCUCUCUAGCACCCAUGCCCUCUCCAGUAACAGUAAUGCUGAGUAUAUGUGAAGCACUGUGUGGAGGUGACACCCGGACGCACACUUUUACAAAGAGGGGAAGGUGGGGAAUUGCACCCCUCCUCUGGGCAUCCUGGGUCCCCAUAAAAUACCAGAAGGGCCAAACUGGCCCUCUCACCUCCCUUUUCCAUGAAAACACUUCUGAACUGAAAUACUCUCAGCUGGGAACAGAUUUGACUCACAGACCUUCCCAAAGACGAGCUUGUCAACCCAGGGGAAGCUCCAGUAGGCUAGCGGAUCUGGGCACAGGGCCCUCAGUGACCUCCCAUCUUCCAGUCCAGACUCUGUCCCAUGCUAGUGGCAACUACUGAGACCCCAGGUACUUGGAACAGGGAUACCUGUCGGCCAGCUGGACAGAUGCAGGCCCAUUCAUGCAGUCAGCUGAUGCUCUGCUCAGGUUUGACUGGGCCCCUCUGCCUUUGGGACCAGCAUCGCUGUGUAAGUUCCUCGAAAGGACAACCUGACAGUUUUUAUGAUGAAAAAUGAGGGCGUUUUCUCUUGGUUUAAUUAGAAAGUGCCUCUCCAUCUCUCUCCAGUUUCUGAGCCCUGUGCACGUUGGCUGGUGGACUUCUUCUUCCUGCCAAAUGAGCAGAGAGGAAUGUUCCAUUUAUUUCCAUAGAUGUGCGUCAGAUUUGCUGUGGAGUGGAAAACUGGCCAUGUACUCGCACAAAACAUGAGCUGGUUUUCCUCAGGACGGUAGGGACUGACACGUAGGUGCUGAAUGAAUGAGUGAAAGGGAAAGAAAGGUCGUGCCUUUGGGUGGGAGGCAGCACCCCUGAGUCUUGGCAGGAUCAAGAGGUGCCAGAUAGGCUGGCUUCCCUGCCUUCUAGUACACUCUGCCUUUAAGAGAGUUUUAGAACCAACAUGCAAGAUAUUGACUCCAAUCUGAAAAAGUCUCUUUCAUGUUUAAAUGGCACAGAAUUCUUUCGCUUCUUUUUAUUUGCCUAGAAUUUUUAAUCAUACUUGCUUAACUCAUUAAUGUACACAAUUAUAAUAAAUGGUAAGAUAUUUCAUG